AUGGCCGACCUCCGCGCCGAGGCCGAGAGCCUCGGCGCCUUCCUCGCCAAGCUCGAAGAGCGCGCGGCGCACCGCGCACGCCUCGCGAUCGACGACACACUCACGAGCUCGGAAGAGACGAUGCAGCGCGUGUACCAAGCGUUCAUGGACAACGCGUACGACUUUGCACUUCCUUUGGCCGAGGCAUCGGUACCUGGUGCGCUCGCCACGGUCGCCGAGGCGCCGCUCGAAGACGACACUCUCCUGGCCUCGUCGCUGCCGCGCGAGAGCCCCAAGAAGGCGCACUCGCGACCGCCGCGGCGCGCGCAGAGCGCAACCAAGAAGGCACCCGUGACGCUCACGCGCGACGUGCAGGACAUCCUCCGGCGGCACCGCGAGCUACAGAUCAAGCGGUCCGCCAUUAUGACGCAUCCGAAUGUGCGGAAGUGGCUGCGGUCGCUGUGGCAGUGCCAAAUCAAGUCCAAGGACGACCCAACGAUGAGCAAACAGCAGUAUGCGCGUCUGUACUCGCAGCUACUCUCGGGGCUCACAACCGAGUGGAUCGACAGCUUGGCCUCGACCAUCAUCCACGAUGCUUGGGAGAGCGACAGCCACGGCCAGCCCGCGUUGAGCAUCGAGUACUUCAGCGACGCCAUGUUCUUCUUUGUCGAGCACUGGGUCGACGAACCCGAUCUCGGCGCGUACGUGGCCCAGCUCAAGCGCUUUUACGACCUCCUCACCGACAAGCCGGAUGCGGUCGUAGCGACAGCGCGGCUCCCGACGCUGAGUGCGUACUUCGCGAAGCUGCAGCGCCAGAGCGAGGCCUCCGACAUGGGCAUUGCUUUGGGCAAAAGCAUCACGUUCGACCCGGUGCUGUAUUUACAGCACCCGAACGGCGCGCCGCAGUCGCCGACGCUGUUGCCCGACGACGGCGCGUCACUGGCGUACCUCCAUUGCCCAAUCAAAUCGCGCUCCCAGAUUCAAAUCAAAGUCGAAGCACCGACGAUGUCAUCAACCCCAAAACGCGCUGCGAGCUGCAAGAUGCUACCCCACUUGUAG